AUGUGUGCAGAGACUCAACAAGGAGACAAUCCCACUGAUUCUAGUGCUAUUGUGAGUGUUCUGUUCCCCUUGACAUUCCAGAUUGUUGUUGGAGAUGAGCAUAACUACUCAGUCAUCUGCAGUCAUGAUGAUUCAUAUGGAGAGUUUGGUCAUUACUUGAUCUUGGUUCACAGUGCUUCAAGCGAAGAGUUAACAGGCAAUCUCUCAUGUAGCUACACCACAGACCAAGCACCUGUCAACAGCUACAUACCUAUUGCUGUUGCAGUUAUUGUCAUGAUUGGACUGAUUUUUAUUCAUGUAGCAGGAUGUUAUGUGUACAGGGCUGUGCUUGCAUGGGCUUCUGGUCCUCCCAUUUCUGCAUUGUGGCAGACGGAACUUGCACCUGUAAAUAAUGCAGAUACCUCAGCCAAGGCCACAAAUCCCAAAUCUCAGCAAUUACGUUCUCUUGACACCUUUUGUGGUUUGGCACUAACAAUCAUGGUCUUUGUCAACUAUGGAGGAGGCAGCUAUUGGUUCUUUGAACAUGCCCCAUGGAAUGGAUUGACUGUAGCUGACCUUUUGAUGCCUUGGUUUGUUUUCAUCAUUGGUACAUCUUUAGCCCUGUCCUUCAGCGCCAUGCUCUGACGAGGUAUUCCUCGACUGCAGUUGCUGCGAAAGUUGACCUGGAGAACCAUUAUUCUGCUACUGAUUGGAGCUUUCUUCAUCAACUAUGGCCCAGCUGAUGGACCCCUGUCAUGGGAAAGGACCAGAAUCCCUGGAGUUCUGCAACGUCUUGGCUUCACAUAUUUUGUCAUUGUCCUGAUGGAGACUUGUUUUGCUAGAAAGGAUUUGAAACAAUACGUGGUAUUUCACUGGGCUACCUUGGAAGCUGGAGGUAUAGGAGAUGAUGGAAAGUUCUCAAAUUGUACUGGAGGGGCUGCAGGCUACAUUGACAAAUGGCUUCUGUCAACGAAUCACAUCUACAACUGGCCCACCUGCAAGAAGCUGUAUCAUACUACUGAGCCCUUCGAUCCAGAAGGAGUCUUGGGAACAAUCAAUUCCAUUGUAAUGGCCUUUAUUGGAUUACAGGCUGGAAAGAUUAUUCUUAUAUAUCAGCCGAACAAUUUCAGCACCCUCAAGCGGUUUCUGAUCUGGGCCGUUUUUGGGAUAAUAUCAGCGGUCGUAACAAAAUGCAGUAAGGAGGAAGGUUUCAUCCCUGUCAAUAAAAACCUUUGGUCCCUGUCAUUCAUCACCACAGCAGGCUGCUUCUCUUUCAUCCUGCUGGGUUUGAUGUACUAUGUUAUCGAUGUGAAGGAGUGGUGGGGUGGAGAGCCAUUCAUUUUCCCUGGAAUGAAUUCAAUCCUCAUUUAUGUUGGACAUUCUAUACUGGGUGGAUACUUCCUGUUCAGCUGGGAAAUAAGUUACAAGAAUACUCAUGCUGAGCGCCUAUUCCAGGAUCUAGUGGGCACUGCUGUUUGGGUUUUCAUUGCAUAUCUGCUGUAUAGAAAGAGAUUCUUCUUAAAAAUGUAA